AUGAGCGAACGUCGAGAGAGCCUGACCCUGCAGGACCCUGAGAAGCGAGCGAAGUCCGAUGCAGUUGACCCGGCUAGCUUGGCUGACCACUUGCGUGGGCGCCAAUUCAGCGUCGAUGCCCACGAUGUAGCCAUUGUCGAGACCGACCAAGGCAAGCUGCACCGGAAUCUGAGAGGGAGACAUAUGCAGAUGAUUGCUAUUGGUGGCGCUAUUGGUGCAGGUCUCUUCAUCGGAAGUGGUAGCGCUUUCCAGACUGGCGGCCCUGGUGCUGUGCUCAUCGGCUUUAUGAUCAUUGGAGGCAUGAUAUACCUCAUGAUGCAAGCGCUUGCCGAGUUGGCCGUCAUGUAUCCCAUCAAUGGAGCAUUCACCAUGUACAUUUGCAGAUUCAUUGACCCUUCGUGGGGAUUUGCCUGCGGUUGGCAAUACGGCAUUGGCUGGCUCACGGUGCUUCCUUUUGAGAUUUCAGCAGCUUGCAACAUCAUCCAUUUUUGGACGGAUGUAGAGAACGUCAAUGAUACCGCCUGGAUCAUCCCCUUGCUUUUUGCUCUUACUGUCAUUCAAUACUUUGGUGUGAAGGGCUAUGGGGAAGUCGAGUUUGUCCUCAGCGCAAUGAAGGUUAUUGCAUGCGUCGGAUUCAUGAUCCUAGGUAUCAUAAUCGAUUGUGGUGGCGUACCCACCGAUCAUCGAGGUUAUAUCGGAGCCAGAUAUUGGCACCACCCAUGGGCUGGUUUCCUUAAUGGUUUCCACGGCUUCUGCACUGUCUUUGUCACGGCCUCGUUUGCUUUUGGCGGCACCGAACUCACUGGUCUGGCUGCUGCCGAGGCCCAAAACCCUAGGAGAGAAAUCCCCAAGGCUACGAGACAAGUUGUGUGGCGUAUCUGUAUCUUUUAUGUCAUCAAUCUCUUCCUAGUCGGCCUUAUUGUGCCAGCAGACAGUCCGCUCUACAGCGGGGCCGGCGCCGAAAGUCGACAUUCCCCGUUUGUGAUUGCUAUCGAACUGGCGGGCAUCAAAGCGCUUCCGUCGAUAUUCAAUGCCAUGAUUUUGAUUUCGGUGAUGAGUGUCGCCAACUCGUGCACAUUUGCCUCUACCCGAACCUUUCAAGCAUUGGCUCAACACGGUAUGGGUCCCAAGCUCUUUGCCUAUGUCGACAAGAAGGGCCGACCUGUUGUCGUGACCAUCCUCCAACUCCUGUUUGGGUGUUUGGCGUUCCUCAAUCUGGACAAGAAUGGAGGUGGGAACGUUUUCAACUGGCUUCUGGCUCUGUCUGGUCUCUCUUCGUUCUUCAUCUUCGGCAGCAUCGCAGUCGCGCACAUUCGCUUCCGGGCUGCAUGGAAACUUCAGGGACACAGCGUCGACGAACUCCCGUUCAAAGCUGCCUUCGGUAUCUACGGCUCCUAUGUCUGCGCCGUCAUGAAUUUUGUGUGCUUGGCCGCCCAAUUCUACGUGGCCCUCUACCCGGUCGGAGGACCCAAUCUCGACCCGACCAUCUUCUUCCAGGACUACCUCGCGGGUCCGUUCCUCGUCGUCCUCUACCUAGGCUGGAAGAUCUGGUCUUGGUUCAUGCAAAAGGAGCAUCGCCCGCUGUACAUCAAAAUCAAGGACAUUGACAUCUACACGGGCAUGCGCGAGGGCCAGGCCGAUCUCAUUAGUGGGCCAGGUGUCUCGGAAGAACAGCGCAGGGAAAGUAUCGCCGAGCUGCAGGAGGAGAAGAAGAAGAAGGGUGCCAUGGAUUACGUCAAGGCUGUGGUCCACUCGAUCUUCUGA